GUGCUGUAGAAUGACGUUUGUCGCCAGGUGUUCAUGCAACGUUCAGGAAUCGUACUCUUGGCGGAUUCCGAUCGGACGCACCACGUUCCAGUUCAGUGGCUGGGGGUGCUACAGAGACUGUAUAGGUACGGCGGCGAGACGAGUCAGACAAGCGUUGGCUCCAAGUCCAGUAUUUGCCGAUACCGUACCUUGGACUCUCUGGAACCACGCUAUGAUCUGCAUGGGAGGAGCGGUGGUUUGCUGGCUUGGAAGGCGGAUCAUAGAGGCUCAUGGAGGCUACCUUUACGCCCGUAAAGCAGCCUCCAUCCUCGUGAAUGGCUCUCCUAGUAAAUUCUGCACUUCUGAUGCAGUCGCCAUGCACAGGGUGGAUAUUGAAGACAACCCACAAGAAAAGCUCUUGGGAAUAUCCAUUUCCUCCUAUAGCCCUCAACCGCUGGCGCACAAGCAAAUGGCUCAUCGUCAGAAGCAGCACAGAAGCGGCAGGGCCGACGGCGAUGGGUCAAACGCGCGAGUGGCGAUAGGGCAGGGAGCGAAGGUGGAUCUUGGGAGGUAGAGGAGUACGGCUGUGGCACGAGGUCCAGCUGACUUUCUGAUACAAUGCCAGGAACCAAAAAUCUGUAUAAGUGAGCGACAAACGUACUUGAGAAGCAUGCCCAUGUCGGGUGCUGAAAACACCGAUUUCUCAGCGC